AACGAAGCAGUCUGGGAUGUUAAAACAAGCGCACGAGGUAAAUUAUACUUGUUAACUCUAUCGUCAGUACGGUUGAAAUUUGUGUUCCGACGAGUCCAACUUGAAAUUAACUGAGUUAUUUUCGUUGUCGAAUGUUCUUGUUUUAAACUAAUUUGUUCUGAAAGGAAAAAUAGCGAGUAGAAACGAAGCAAAAUGCUCUCUCAGUAAAAUUUAUUUAUUUUUUUUAUUAUUUUGAAAGCCCUGUGUAGUUCUUACAUGUCGAACACGUGGCCGUCUAAAAUACAAGCUAAGCUCAAUGGAGUCUUUGAUAAAGAAAGUAACCUAACAAAUCAUAUUUUGCUAUUCAUGCAAUUUCAUAUUGGGGACACAGACAGUAAUAAUUCACCAUAAAAAAAACAAAUUUAAUACCUUUUCUUUUUCCGGUAUACUCGGCAACAUCAAAGCGACAUUUUGAUGAAGUUUAUUAACCUCACCGGCAAAAUAAGGCCAUCGUUCCUCCUUUAAAUGAUAUAGAGACAAAUAAACAGAAGCACCCGACGACUGUUUUCUGUAAAAUAUCUGUCCGGGAAGUAAAUAUUGCCUAUAAUUUUAUAUUACUUGAGGACAGCAAAAAUUUGUAGGCAUGAUCGUUCCAUUUAUGAAUUUUCAAACCUUAUUUAACAAAAUUCCAUACGAUUUACUGAAGUUUAAUUUUUCACAUUUCACACCCAAGGCUAGACUAUUUAUCGUAGGAAAAAGGAAACCUAAAAUAUUCAGAUUCAAAGGUGUGAUGGAGAGAGGAUUAAAAAAAAAAUUAAUAAAAUUGCACCUAUAAUUUUCGGGACAAUAAUAUACUGAAGCCCCAGAAAUUUCGAAAAGGCUUAAGUUCCCCCAGGAUGACCGAACAGAUACAAAUUGUAUAGCGCAGCUUAUAGAAUGCAUUUGUAGAGGUAGAUAAUCUAAAAAUGUGUUUUCAAUGCAUUGGGAGGAAACCGUCUUUGGGUGCCCCUGAAUAAAAGCUGUAAAGGGGAACCUCAAGUUUGCAGAGGGUUUUUUUAAAGUUUUUUCCAAGAAUUUGAACAAAUAUUUAUCCCUUACAGAAUAAACAAAAAAGUACCUCGCACAGUAAACUUAAUUCCGUGAAGAUGGGAAAAUGUGACUUCAUCAGUUGGUACUUUUGGUUGUCAACGUUUUUACUUAGGAAAUUUCGAACAACUCUUUUUUAUAAACUCCUCGUGUGCAACUACUAAACGGGUUUACUGUCUUAUAAUUACGUUGAAGUAGAUUGCCCUUACUUUCAAACAGGGUCGUGUAAAAAACUAUCCGUGGUUAAAUUAGUGAAUUGAUAAAAAAAGGUAUGCAUACAUGCAACUUGCAGUUUAAAAUGAUUUUAACAUACGAUUUAUAAUUAGACAAAUUGCGAUUAAAUAGAUUGGGAUCAAGAAUGACUUUUGACUUGCCAUAUAAAGUUGUACACAGGUGAUCAGUUUUCACAAAAGUCAGAUGGUUUUCAUUAUAUUUUUCCAGAAUUCCUCAUAAUUGCCAUGGUAAAAACAGUUUGUACCAAUUAUUUACAAUCAAACCUUUUCUCACCUAAUAUGAUGUCUCUGCAUCACGCGUGAUCUCUCAAGUGAAAAUAUUGCAGUCGAGCCUGGAAUGUUACAUACAUACAUACAUACAUACUUUAUUGGCUCGUCCCCACGGGGCUUUUCAGAGUCAAUUUUACAUUACAAAAUUAUAAACCAAGUACAUGACAAUAAGAAUAUAACAAUGAUAAAAGAAGACAAAGGUCAAUAAAAUAAAUUAAAUUAAUUAAAUAAAGCAGUCAUUAAGAAGCUUUUGCCUGAGUAAACACUUGAAUUCCGUCACGGAUGGGCUAAGUUUGAGCGCAGGCUGCAACUCAUUCCAGAGAGAGGUUGCUCUAUAUUGAAAGGUCCUUUGGCCGCUGGCAGUGCGAAAGAGUGGUAUGUUCAAAAGUUAAGAAUUUCUCGUAUUCCUUGUCGAGACGGCGGAUCUUCCAACGAGCUUUGAUGUCAAAUACUCCGGAGCACAACUCGUCAUGCACUUAAAAACCAGAACAGCAAAACGAAAAUAAAGUUGUUGCCUGAUUGGUAGCCAGCGCAAGUCUUUUAGCAAAGGAGUUAUGUGAUCGAAUUUUUUAGCGCCGCUCAAAAUACGACAAGCGAAAUUCUGUACUGCUUGGAGCUUGUCCAGAUUAGUUUGAGUAGUAUUGCUCCAAACAGAAGAGCAAUAGAAUAAUUUACUAAAAACUAAGGCAUUUAUAAUAAUAAUGAGCGCGUGUUUAUUAAAAAUAUGCCAUGGUGACGAACAUUGCAAUUUACGAUUCUUAGUACAAAUGGAAAAGAUUCGAAAAGAUUGUCAGCACAGCCCUUGAUUGAGUCUUUGCAAACCUUUCCAGGGCAUGAGAGUUUUCAAUUGCAACUGAAUUUGAAAAAAACGUAUUUUCGUAUUUCUUCUUCACGUCUCUGUACGUAGCUCUCUGAAGCGUUUAGAGCCUUUUCACUAUUCUUACCUCGGCUUCUCAUGUUUUUAAUUUGCAGCGGUCAGAGCAGACCAUCCUCCUCAGUCAGUCCUCCAGGUUAGGCCAUUGAACCAGACCACAACGGCAGUCCAUAAGAUCAGCCCCAGAUCAGACCACCACAAUAGACAAUCAGAUGAGUCUCAGAUCCGGCUACAGAUCAGACCAUGCAGCAACUCCGACAUCAGACCAUCGUCAGACCAGACCACCAGAUCAGAUCAGCCCACAGACUACCAUCCAUGGCUGCUCCACCUCAAAUCAGCACAGCACACCCAACCUCGUGAAAUGGUACAGGUCAGGUGCAUUGUUUGUGGGUUGGGUCAAGGGGGGUAU